UUGUGUUUGUUUAAGACUGUUGUUUUCCCGACUAUAGCUGCACCUACUGGGGUAUUUGUACGCAGUCUCAUCCAUAGAGCCAAAGGGUACUGUGAAGACUUGUUUAUACACGAUGGAAGGAAAACUUACUCAAGCAUUCCAGUUAUCCGAAGUAGUAAGAUCAUCACCAAAAAUAACAAGGAAGCAACGUUUGCUUAGCUCGCAAUGGAGAAUGCGGUUGGAGUUCACUAUUCUGGUGGUGAUGAUUGUGAUUGUGUGGGGUCUCUUUUCACUACCAAUUGUGUUUUACUAUGACUCUUCUUCAAAGGAACAAAAUGAGAGAGAAAAUUUUACAAACUUUCUCAAUAAUACUGAUCGUGAUUUUGGAAACAUGAGUGGUGAAUGCUACCACAAGUAUACUGGAAGUCAUUGUAUGACUGUACUUAAAUCAUAUGCUGAUUGUGAGUCCCCUGGACGUAUUACAACCGAUGUGCAUGUCAGCAAUGCUGUCAUGGAUCAAAAGUCUGUUGAAGACAUAGUCAACAAUAUAAUGUUUGCACUUGACUUAUACAUAAAUCCAAGUGAUGAGUGUAGGAAAGCACUGGUUCCACUCUUGUGUCUGUACUACUUUGGCCUUUGUGGCACAUACAAUACUGACUAUCGACCGACAGCAGCAGAGUGUAGGGAGGUUAGAGAUGCCACCUGCCAAUCAGAGUGGAAAACAGCAGAAAAGUUGUUGGAAUUGUCAACUCAGCAAUUUAUGCUACCUGAUUGCUCGGGUCUCAAUGACGAAGGACUUGAAUGCAAUGAAGUAUUCACCAUCAUUGAGACAAACUGCGCAAUUGUGUGUCACGAGCAUUUUUACUGUGACAACAACUUCUGCAAGCCACGAUGUGAUGGGUUCACAAUCUACUCUGAUGAAUAUGUAAAGCUCUCUGAUGGACUCUUGAUCACAUCUGGAUGUGUUGGACUGCUCUGUGGAAUUGCAGUGGUUGUCGUAUUUUGCGUCCGACGCAAGAAACUGGCAGAACCUUAAGUGUCUUGAGUCUUACGUAUUGUAACAAGAGGAUAAUAUUCUCCCUGUGAAAAACAUUCUUUGAGCUAGUCCUGUAGUGCUUUACACAUUUAAAACUAGCUGUAUUGUAAACAUAGAUGCAAAACCAACAGGCUCAUGCAUUGCAGCUCAUUAGAAGGCCUUGCUAUAGCUGAAUACCAGAUGUUUCUAUGAUGUAAACUCACAUCACACGAUAUUAAGUAACACUUUUGCUACUGUGGCCAGCCAACUUAGUCAUUUCCUAAGUGGUACUGCAGCAGUGAUUGUCAGGCUAUUCUUUUUUGCUAUAUAUGCGGGACUAGAUAUCACCAAAGUGUGGGUAGGCUUGCACAUGGUGUUUUUUUAGUAUGUCACAGAGCACUAUAAGUCAAGCACUACACUUUGUGUGUACUACUAAUGUAGAUGUGGUAUUUAUGUAUUGAUAUCUAACGACACCAGUAACAUAUUUAAACCUACCAUAUUUUUCGUAAGUAAAUACAAUAGCAUAAUACUUUUAAUAUCAUUUUUUGCUAACUUUAGAAUGAUGUUUCCAACAAUUCUGGUCUUCUACAUGACAAUCUCCAUUCUAAUUGUGGAAUUUAUCAUUCUGGUGUCGUUUACGGAUCGGCCAACGCUAUUCUGUGGUUCUCCUGACCUAAUAGAGAGUCUACGAUCAUCAACAGAUUUCUGUAAAUUUAGUGGUAAGUUGUACUGACAUGAAACGAUGAUUGCUUAAUCACAAUGCAGUAUUAAUGACAUUAGCUAAUACAAAAAGUAAACAAAAUAGGUAAAGGCAAAAGAUGUAUUAGUUAACGUACAGGCGGCGAGGCGGUAUAGCAUAAUAAUACUCCGAGGCUGUUGACUCUACCAGACGAGGGCGGAGCCAGAGGCCCGUAUAGUUAACAGCCGAGAAGGAUAUCCUGUAUACGCCGAGACGCCUGACGUUAACUGAUUUGUAGUCCAACUAGCCAAUCACAAUGCUGAAUAUCUGCCGCGUCAUCCUACUAAUGUACUAAAUUGUUAUGUAAACUUUGGGAGUCAGACAAUUUGCACUACACCUAGCGGUAGAUGUUGUGAUAAGGACUUCCUGUCCAGUAGUGAUAUUGGUCAGCCACAGCUCAGAAUACAGCGUAUAUGCCAAGCGCCGGAUUGUUGAAAGUUGGACUACAAAUUUUGAUAUCUAACCAGGGCAAAAGAAUGUAUGUGGCGU